AUGGCCGACCUUAGCUCCGCCGCAGCGUAUGUCACCCCGCCUUCCAACCCCACCAAGCUGCCCUCUCCUUCUUGCGACUCCGGACUCGAGCCCAGCAUCGCGACCGGCUUGCGGCAACACCGCUAUUCCAUGGAGCUGAAGGACAACACCGUCAUUGUUGUUCUCGGUGCUUCCGGAGAUUUGGCGAAGAAGAAGACCUACCCUGCGCUGUUCGGUCUGUACCGAAACCAGUUCCUCCCCAAGGACAUCAAGAUCGUCGGAUAUGCGCGCACAAAGAUGGACCACGACGAGUACAUCCGCCGCAUCAGAUCCUACAUGAAGACCCCCACAAAGGAGAUUGAGCAGCAGCUCAACGACUUCUGCAACCUCUGCACCUACGUCUCCGGCCAAUACGACCGCGAUGAUUCUUUCCUCAACCUGAACGCCCACCUCGAGGAGCUCGAGGCUGGCAAGCCCGAGACCCACCGCCUGUUCUACAUGGCGCUUCCCCCCAGUGUCUUCACUAUCGUCUCUCAGCACCUGAAGAAGUGCUGCUACCCCACCAAGGGCAUUGCUCGCGUUGUCAUCGAGAAGCCUUUCGGAAAGGACCUGGCCAGCUCUCGCGAGCUCCAGAAGUCCCUUGAGCCCGACUGGAAGGAGGACGAGCUCUUCCGCAUUGACCACUACCUCGGCAAGGAGAUGGUCAAGAACAUCCUCAUUCUCCGCUUUGGUAACUCCUUCUUCGGCUCUACCUGGAACAGGCAGAACAUCGACAACGUCCAGAUCACCUUCAAGGAGCCCUUCGGCACUGAGGGCCGUGGCGGUUACUUCGACGAGUUCGGCAUCAUUCGCGAUGUCAUGCAGAACCACUUGCUCCAGGUCCUCACCCUGCUCGCCAUGGAGCGCCCCAUCUCCUUCGCUUCCGAGGACAUCCGUGACGAGAAGGUUCGCGUCCUUCGCGCUAUGCCCGCCAUUGAGCCCAAGAACGUCAUCAUCGGCCAGUACGGAAAGUCUCUUGAUGGCAGCAAGCCGUCGUACAAGGAGGACGACACUGUGCCUAAGGAUUCCAGAUGCCCCACCUUCUGCGCCAUGGUUGCUUACAUCAAGAACGAGCGCUGGGAUGGUGUUCCCUUCAUCAUGAAGGCUGGCAAGGCCCUCAACGAGCAGAAGACCGAGAUUCGCAUCCAGUUCAAGGACGUCACCUCUGGUAUUUUUAAGGACAUUCCCAGAAACGAGCUUGUCAUGCGCAUCCAGCCCAACGAGAGUGUCUACGUCAAGAUGAACUCCAAGCUGCCUGGUCUCAGCAUGCAGACUGUUGUCACCGAGCUUGAUCUCACCUACCGCCGCCGCUUCUCCGACCUCAAGAUCCCCGAGGCCUACGAGUCUCUCAUCCUGGACUGCCUCAAGGGCGACCACUCCAACUUCGUCCGUGACGACGAGCUUGAUGCAAGCUGGAGAAUCUUCACCCCUCUGCUCCACUACCUUGACGACAACAAGGAGAUCAUCCCCAUGGAGUACCCCUAUGGCUCCCGCGGUCCGGCCGUGCUCGACGACUUCACCUCUAGCUACGGUUACAAGUUCAGUGAUGCGGCUGGCUACCAGUGGCCUACCACCUCUGCUCAGGCUCCCAACAAGUUCAAGGGCAAGGCACCCGCCGACGCCCCGGGGAAAAUGCCGAACGGCGUUGCGGACAUCCAAGGGAAGCAACAGUCACAAAUGAAUACGGGCCUCACAAUGCAACCGAAAUCGAGAAUGAACGACCUCCCGGACGAAAUCGUUCAUAUCACUCAGGGCUACAUUCCCUUGUCGACAAUCGUCUCGCGCCUUGCGCAACGGACACACGAGGAUCUGCAGAAGGUCAUCAUGGAGAUGGCAGCUGUGAAAUGGGCACCACCAGCAGUCAACGGCAACACACCGCAUGGAAACGAAGCACCUGACGAUAUGUCAGAGGGGAACAAGCGGAAGAAGAUGCUCAUGCUCAAGUUUGCGCAAGAUGCGCAUGCCAAAUGGGUCAAGGCCCUCGUGAUGACAGACUGGAGCAAGAACGCGGAAGCAGUCAGCAAACUCAUCGACAUCAAGGCCCACAUCGAUUCCAAGCGGGUAUUAUACGAUUUCGCGCAGGACCUGUUGAUUGACUUGAAGAGAGGCCUUAUUGGCGCAAGAUUACCCAACCCUGACCUGAAGACUGCUUUACAAGUUCUCACCACUGGAGAAGCAACCUGGGUUCCGGAGCCCGGCUACAUCCCACCGCCGCCAUUGACACCGGAAGAGCAGUUGAAGUGGAUCGAUGAUCUGAACACGAUGCUGUCUUUGCGCCUCAAUCUUGACGAUUACGACAAGAUUCCGCACCAAUUUAGAACUUACAGUAUACACUCCGGCAGAGUCACUUUCGAGGUGAAGGGUGAAUUCGAGGUGGACUUGACCAUUGCCGACGAGGACUUCACAAAACAGUUUUGGUUCAUCGAUUUCCGAUUCGCCUUUUCGCCAUCUGCCAGAAAGCUUUCGGAUGGCUUGGUGUCCUUCCUGGAAGGGCAAGUCAACGAGAUCCUCGGCAAAGACGGUUUGGAAGGAUGCUACAGAUUCCUCCAUGAGUUCGUUCUCACACACAAGAUCAAUGAGCUCAAGCGACAAGCUCUCGAAUUGAGCCGCAGCACAUGGACAGGAACCCUGGUGGUGGAACCCCUGAACCGAGCUUUGGCCCUUCAAUACUGGACAACUAGAUACGGACCUGCCGGACCCAAGAGCUGGGUCAUGAUCGCGGUUAACAGUGCCAAGAAAACCAACGGCCAGCCGGAUACGAAGCAUUCGAGUCGCCUGGUUGCACGGUGGUACCGAGACAACAAAGAAGUUAAAGAUGUCCUACUCCCAUUCGAUGUCGACAACCUCUCCGCAGAGGAUUUGCUCAAGACUGCUGUUGCGAGACACGUGGACCAUAUUCUCUCUUCCAUCCACAAGAAGCUGCUGACGUACCCCCGGUUCGAGAAGAGAGAGUCGUCCAUGACUCUGAAAAUCUCACGGACGGAACCGGUGGAGUCUUUCUUAAGCAUGCAACUGGGUUCGCGAGAAAGUGUUACUCUAGUCAUCGAGCCGGUAACAGGAUUCGCGGCAAUGAAACCCCACACCAAAUACGCACUCUCCGGCGAAAACCGUCUCAACUACGGCGGGAAAGACCCAGCAGAGGACGGCGUCGUCUGCCUUGAAAAUAUCAGAUGGGGUUACGUGAUGGAAGAGUUCAACCGAAGGGGCCGAAGCAUUGGCUGGAAGACGUGUAGAAGUCCACUUGGCGGCGAAGAUAUCAAGCAGCUCAUCCGGACCCGCGAGGCUUUCCAGACGAUCUGGCUCCAGCGACAGGGCUUGGACCAGGAUUGGCAUGUGAUGGUUUCUUUGAGCCUCGCUGGCGACGAGUGGUGGUUGAUUCAGAUCGACCGCAACACGCCAGCACGCCCAAUCAAAUUCAAUUCUCGGCUACCGCUUAACCGCGGCCAGCCUGAUUUAGACGACGCUUUCUGGAGCAACUUGACACUGUUUGUAACCGGCAUAAUCACACAUGUCACCGAGUUGCACAACGUACAUCUUAAGGAGAUCAAGCAUCUGGCAAAGGAGUCAACAAACUACUCGCUACCCCAGCAAGUCCAAAUACCGUCGGUCUUUUACAGACUUUCGCAACUCCUGCGCCCGACCAACGUUGGCGGACAGUCUGGUUCCAAAGAAACACCGAACGCAUCCAAGGAAUCAGCUUCGUCGUGGGCGCAGGAUCACAUCGAGAUCAAGAUUAAGGGUUUACAACCUCAACCUCAUGCGACACCUGCUCGAGACGACAGCGCCACCUCACAAGCUGAGAUGAUCGAAAACCUUCGUCUCAACACCGUGGUAGACGCCAUUAUUAGGGUGAAGGACAAAUCAAAGUUUGCACUGCUCAAGGGGCGUAUUGACCGCGAUGUGUCGUUCAGCCCGAAGAAGGGUGAAUUCAUCUUCCGUAUCCGACAGCAGGUUGGCCACCCCAUUCUUGACACGCUUACCAAGCACGUCAAGUCUAUUGACCGACUUGUCGGAUUUCUGGAAGCUAUGGGCAAGGCCCGAGGUUCUAUAAAGUGCGAGAGGAUGAGUCUUCGCGAAGUCGUCUUCACAUAUAGCGAUAUUGCCAUGCCUGGAGAGGGCAAUGCCGCCCAGAAGCCCAGACGCUGGAGAGCCACCCUCGACCUCUCGAAGAGCGACGUCCGCAUUUCUCUGGAAAAGGGCAACCCACAUCUGCGAGUCUUGGACUUGCUCGUUAAAAUGGUCAACACCCAGGACGGUCUCAAAGCGAUUAUCGUCUUUAUGCCGUUACUGCUGCCGAUCCUAAGAACCUUCGAGACCAUCGAAUCCAAAUGGGAGGCGCUGGAGUCUACGAACCAGGGGCGCGUCCAGGUCUUUGCAAGGUCGAUAGACUGGAUCUGCAUUCGGUAUACGCUCCCCAGCGCCUCCGGGCAGCCGCGGAUCCUCGCCUUGGAUAUAAGAACCCAAGUGAGGCGCAACGAGAUCUGGUGGCAUCUCUCCCGCGCACGGGGCGACGGAGCAGCCGCCGGCUCCGACGACGAGUUCGCUAAGGUCAUCAAGCCUGUCUGGGAAUCCCACGGUGAUGGCUGGAGGGGACUCAUCACCGGUGCGGCGUCCCGGCCCGGGCCGAGCACUAUGGACCUCCUCACGAGAGUAGACGACGCCGUCAGGACUCACGCCGCCUCGGUGAGCGCCAACGGCCCGCCCUCGACGGAUGGCGCCCCGACGCAGCUCAGCCAGACCUUCAGCGCGAGCCAAUCUUUCGGCACGCAACCCACCUCCGUAAGCCAGAGCCAGGGGAGCAACAGGACCUCGGGUAGCAAGCAGGCGCCUUUGGUGCUCGACUAG